AAACGUAAGGAGUUAGGACCAGUAAACAAGAGUAGUAGCAUCAGCUUUAUUUGGUUUUUCACUUUUGUGAGCCUCGUGAUACUAUUAUACUACUGUGUGUGUUUGUGUUGUAUUGUUGUACCUUCUCUCUUUUACAUUACAUAGCCUCUCUUUCUCUCACUCACACAAUUUCUAUCACUAUGGCUUUUCUCAGCUUAACCCAAACCACAUUCUUCACCGAUCUUCAUUAAUUUCAGUUCAACAACAAAGAAAUAAUGGCUUCGGUUAUUUUUAUUAUUCUUCAUUUAUUUCUGCAGCUGAGUUGUUGUUUUCGAGUUAGUAACUCGGAGCCGACUCAGGACAAGCAAGCUCUCCUUGCUUUUAUUUCACAAACACCACACUCUAACCGUGUUCAAUGGAACGCUUCGGAUUCCGUUUGUAACUGGGUCGGUGUUCAAUGCGACGCUUCAAGUUCCUAUGUUUAUUCACUCCGUUUACCCGCCGUUGGUCUUGUGGGUCGGGUCCCGUCAAACACAAUAGGAAGGCUAACGAAUCUGCGUAUUCUCAGUCUCCGGUCUAAUGGUCUCUCCGGCGAGAUCCCUUCCGAUUUCUCUAAUUUGACUUUUCUUCGUAGUGUAUAUCUUCAGAAGAAUAAAUUCUCCGGUGGGUUUCCGUCUAGUUUAACUCGGUUAACUCGUUUGACUCGCUUGGAUCUCUCUUCCAACAACUUUUCCGGCUCAAUUCCUUUCUCCAUCAACAACUUGACUCAUCUCAGUGGUUUGUUCUUGGAGAAUAACACGUUCUCCGGUAGUCUUCCGAGCAUUACUGCAAAUUUGAACGGCUUUGAUGUUUCUAAUAACAAUCUCAACGGUUCAAUCCCCAAGACGCUGUCGAAAUUCCCGGAAUCUUCUUUUGCCGGAAACAUUAAUCUCUGUGGUCCACCAUUGAAGUCGUGUAGCCCGUUUUUUCCAGCGCCGGCGCCGUCACCGGGUUUAAUUCCGCCGGUGAUUAAACCGGGGAAGAAAUCUAAGAAGCUUUCCACAGGCGCCAUUGUUGCAAUUGUAGUAGGUUCUGUUCUGUUCGUAGCGUUACUGCUUCUACUGUUACUAUGCUGUCUCCGGAAACGUCGCCGGCAACCAGCGAAACCACCAAAGCCAGUUGUUGCCGCGGCUCGUUCCGCGCCUGCAGAAGCCGGAACAUCGUCUUCCAAGGACGAUAUAACCGGUGGAUCAGCAGAAGAAGCGAGGAACAAAUUGGUGUUCUUUGACGGAGGAAUAUACAGUUUUGAUUUGGAGGAUUUGCUUAGGGCUUCUGCGGAGGUUUUGGGAAAGGGAAGCGUUGGGACUUCGUAUAAAGCGGUGUUGGAAGAAGGAACUACGGUGGUUGUUAAGAGGUUGAAAGAUGUUGUUGUUACAAAGAAAGAGUUUGAGAUGCAAAUGGAGAUUCUGGGUAAAAUUAAGCAUGAGAAUGUGGUUCCUCUUAGAGCUUUUUACUUCUCCAAAGAUGAGAAAUUGCUUGUGUAUGAUUACAUGCCCGCCGGUAGCUUAUCUGCUCUACUUCACGGAAGCAGAGGAUCUGGGCGAACACCGUUAGAUUGGGACAACCGAAUGAGAAUAGCCCUCGGAGCAUCAAGAGGACUAGCAUGCCUCCACGUGUCAGGCAAAGUAGUCCACGGCAACAUUAAAUCUUCCAACAUCCUCCUCCGAGGACCCGACAAUGACGCAGGCGUUUCGGACUUUGGUCUCAACCCGUUAUUCGGAAACGGAUCUCCAUCAAACCGGGUCGCUGGCUACCGGGCACCCGAAACCCUAGAAACCCGAAAAGUCACAUUCAAAUCCGAUGUAUACAGCUUCGGCGUUUUGCUGUUGGAGCUAUUAACAGGAAAAGCACCCAAUCAAGCUUCACUAGGUGAAGAAGGAAUCGAUCUACCAAGGUGGGUCCAAUCCGUUGUUCGCGAAGAAUGGACCGCAGAGGUUUUUGACGCUGAGUUGAUGAGGUUUCAUAAUAUCGAAGAAGAGAUGGUUCAGUUGUUGCAGAUAGCGAUGGCUUGUGUUUCUGUGGUGCCUGAUCAGAGACCAAGUAUGCAAGACGUGGUGCGCAUGAUUGAGGAUAUGAAUCGUGGGGAGACUGAUGAGGGUCUUCGUCAGUCGUCGGAUGAUCCUUCUAAAGGAUCCGAGGGUCAUACUCCACCUCAGACUAGGACUCCACCUAGAUCGCGCACACCGUAGUAAAACCUGUUAAAGAAAAAAAAAGUAAAGUAUUUGUUGAAUUAAAAUUAAAAUUAAAGAUCAUAAAAGAAAAAAGGACAAGACAAGGUGGUGGGUCACUCUUAUGCCUACUCUGCUCUGCUCUUUCCGGUGGUGGUCCAAUUAAUGUGUAUUUUAUUCCCUUAAAUGUAUUUUAUUUUAAUUUUUUAUUUUAUUUUAUUAGUUUUGAUGAUUUUUAUUUUUUACAGGGUGGAGAGUGUGAUAAUUGUUCAUGAAAGUGGGGUUUGGGGGUUAGUUGUUUUCCUUGUACCGAUUAAGAUUGACCAUUUAAUGAUUUUUAAUUGCUUUUUUCCUCAGUUUUUUUUU